AAAAAGAAAACGUAUUCCAAUCUGGAGGACUUGUUCAGAUCCCAGUUUUCCCAUUUCUGACACAUUCUUCCCUUGGUCAUGAAUAAUACCAUUGCUUCCACACUCCUCCAACUUCUUCAACUUCAAUCCCCUUCCUUUCAAUUCCGCACAUAGGCACAAACGCAGACACCUUUCUCUCUGCAUUAUGGAGUCUCCGUUUCUUCUUCUGCUUCUUCUCUUCCUCUUCCUCUCUCCCACUCCCUCCUCCUCCUCCUCCAUUGACAAUUUCCACCAAGCCUUUCCCAUCGUGGAACCUGAUCCUGGUCACACGAAACUUCGUCUUUCACGAGAAGGUUUGGAGGCUAUUGAGAAAAUUACCAACCCAAUUGCAGCAGUGGCAGUGAUUGGACCGUAUCGUUCUGGAAAAUCUUUUUUGCUUAAUCAACUUCUCUCUCUUUCUUGUUACGAAGGGUUUGGUGUUGGGCACAUGCGUGACACAAAGACAAAAGGAAUAUGGGUUUGGGGAACACCUAUAGAUUUGGAUAUUAAUGGAGUAAGAACUUCUGUCUUUUACCUUGAUACAGAAGGAUUUGAAAGUGUUGGGAAGUCCAAUGUAUAUGAUGAUCGGAUAUUUGCUUUGGCAACUGUCUUGAGUUCCGUGCUCAUAUAUAAUUUGCCCGAGAUGAUACGUGAGGCUGACAUCUCUCGACUCUCUUUUGCGGUUGAGCUUGCUGAAGAAUUUUAUGGGAGAGUGAAGGGUCAGGAUGUUGCAUUUGAACCUGCUAAGCUCUUAUGGCUCAUCCAACGUGAUUUUUUGCAAGGGAAAUCGGUGCAAGAAAUGGUGAAUGAAGCUCUGAGACGAGUCCCCAAUACUGAUGGGAACAAAAAUAUUGAUAUGGUCAAUCAAAUCCGAGAUUCAUUGGCUGUUAUGGGUGACAACAGUACUGCCUUUAGCUUACCGCAACCACAUAUCCAGCGGACAAAGCUUUGUGAUAUGGAGGAUGUGGAGCUUGAUCAAUUAUAUGUCAAGAGAAGGGAGCAAUUGAAAGAGCUUGUUGCUAGCAUAAUCACUCCAAAGAUUGUACAGGGAAAGACUCUAAACGGGAAGGAGUUUGUCUCCUUUCUGGAGCAGAUACUUGAAGCCUUGAACAAAGGAGAGAUUCCAUCAACAGGCUCUCUUGUGGAGGUUUUCAACAAGAAUAUUCUUGAGAAAUGUCUGAAGUUAUACAGUGAAAAGAUGGCAAAAUUAGUUCUACCUCUUCCUGAGGAAUCUCUGCAAGGGGCCCAUGAUAGGUCUAGAGAUGAAGUCACAAAAGUCUUUGAUCAGCAGCAUUUUGGUCGUCACCAUGCUAAGAAAUCAUUUAUGCAGCUGGAUGAAGAAAUACAACAGGUGUAUAAGAAUGUUGUUUUGCAAAACGAGUAUCAAUCUUCAAGGCUCUGUGAGGCGCUGUACACCAGAUGUGAGGACAAAAUGGAUCAGCUUCAAGUUCUCAAACUUCCUUCCUUGGCAAAAUUUAAUGCAGGUUUCCUGCAAUGCAAUCGUAGUUUUGAGCAUGAAUGUGUGGGACCUUCAAAAACAAAUUACGAGUUACGCAUGAUGAAGAUGAUGGGGAAGUCUCGGUCUCUGUUUAUAAAGGAGUACAAUCACAGGCUCUUCAAUUGGUUGGUGGCCUUCUCCCUGGUUAUGGUAGUGAUUGGCCGCUUUUUUAUAAAAUUCAUUUUAGUUGAAAUUGGAGCUUGGGCGCUCUUUAUAUUUCUGGAGACAUACACAAGAAUGUUUUGGACGGCAGAGUCACUUUACUAUAACCCAGUUUGGCAUUUUAUAGUUGCAACUUGGGAAACUGUUGUUUACAGCCCAAUCCUGGAUCUUGACAGAUGGGCAAUUCCCCUCGGUGUCAUGGUGUCAUUGUUUAUUCUUUAUUGGCGGUGUUAUGGAAGAAAAAAACAUGGAUCCCUAUUACCUUUAUACAGAAGCAAUAAGAAUGGUCCUAAUCGACCGCGAACAGACUAAAUCUAUGAUGAUGGUGGCAGUUGCUGGCAUGUUUCAAGAGUUUGGCAUGUUGCUCGGCAAUUCGUCCUACACGGCGAGCUUCUUUAUUUAUUUUUUAUUUUUUUAUUUUUACACAUAGCUCACUGGCCUGUCCCUUCAUCUUGAAAAGGUUCUUCUGCAGAGUGUAAAAAGUUGAAAAUAGGGUGAUUGACCUCUUCGGUAGCUUCUACAAAUUUAGCGCCUCAAAAAUGUUCUUUAAUGCCACAAUGGGCACUAUAUUUGAUUUUACUUGUAACUUGUGUAUUAUUUCAUAAUAACUUACUAUAGGAUUUUAGAGUAAAUUAAAUGUUAUACUUUGCUGUGCCACAAUCAUGUAUGGACGUGAAAAAUGGUAAAGUUAAAGAAGAAAGGGAAAAGAUGUUGAUUCUUUGUUCUCUUUUCUA